UUAAAUAGUACUUUGUUUUGGUUCCUCGAUGUCUUCUUGAGAGAUAGGUACUUUCGUUUCAUAUUUGGUUUACAUACAAACGUAUAAGCAGAUAUAUACUUUGAUCAAACAAUUGCAUUAUCUUACAAAAGUGAUAUACAUGAAAAACAACGAUGAUUAAAUGGAGAAGGGUUAAUUGAGGUAAUGCUAACAACGGUAAUAGAGCAUACCGCACAAACUGACAGGUUCAUUAAUGUUAUUUAUAACGUCAUUGGAAAUUCUACUUUCAAUUUACUAAGUCGAGAGACUGGGCAAAAUCAGAACCUAGCAGUUAUCAUUUACGGCCACAUUUAUCAUAGACAGUGGCUUAUCCAUUUGAAAAAAAUGGCAGUACUGACAAAGAGGGAAAAGCAGACACUCCAAAACCUGAUUGGUAGCGGUGAAAAGUCGUUUACCAAGUUGUACAGUGCCAAGGAUAACGGAUGUGACGCGGCUAUCUUCCACGAAAUGUGUGACAACAGGGGGCCGACCUUGACCUUAGUAUAUAACACAGCAGGAGAAGUUUACGGGGGUUUUACUUCUGCCAGUUGGCAGUCUAUCACCAAACAACCAGUUUACGACAAGAAUGCGUUCCUCUGUUUGUUACGCAAAGAAGGAAACACAGAGGCAAUUAAAUUCUCCAUAAACCUUCCGCCGUCAGCUUUACUUUUAGACCAACAAAGUGGGCCAACGUUUGGUAGUGGUCCAGACCUCCAGGUGUUUACCGGAAAAAUCACACCGGAUACAGAUGGCACGUUCGCCCUAAACUCCAGCACGGUACCGAUCAGUUACGCCAAUAUGCCAAAGUCCCUUGCUGAUGAGGUCACAAGUGAUGCAAAGGCCACUGACGUGGUUGUUUAUGGUGUCGAGGAUGGUUCUCAGUCUUUAAUGGAGUUACAGUGGAGAUCAGAACCCAAAUUUGACAAAGAGUAUCUAAGAGACUUGAUGGAGGAGGUUGAAAGCUAUUGGCCUCUUAAAGAGAUGGGUGUAUCCGACGAUGCUCUGCAAAACGUUAAUAUUCUCCUCAUCGGACCAAUUGGGGCCGGCAAAUCAAGUUUUCUCAACUCGGUAGAAUCAGCUUUCCGUGGUCACGUGACAAUGUCUGCUAGUGCCGGUAGCCGAACAAAAAGUGUGACUUCAGCAUACCGCCAGUACCCCAUCACAGCCUCUGAUAACAGACACUACCUGAGAUUCCAGCUGUGUGAUUGUAGAGGUCUAGAUGACGGUAACAACAUGAACAAGGAUAUCGAAACUAUUCUGGAGGGACAUAUGCCUGAUAAUUACACAUUCAACAUAUCCAAUCCGAUGACGGCUUCAACCCCUGGCUACAGGAAAGACCCCGAAAUGAAAGAUCAAAUUCACUGUGUGGUAUACGUUCUGGACGCAGAGAAAUAUUCUGCUGACUUUGAAAUGUCCUUUGUUACCGAUGAUGUCAGAGAUCAAAUUAAGGAUAUUCAAGAAAUGGUUGACCAAAAAGGAAUUCCACAACUGAUCUUGCUCAACAAAGUGGACAUAGCUUGUCCCUCGACCAAACAGGACAUAUCUAAUGUUUAUCGGAGUGAGACGAUCCUCCAGAAGUGUAUGGACGCAGGCAAUUGUCUGGGCCUUCCUCCAAUGGCAGUGCUGCCAAUGAAGAACUACUAUAUGGAACCUUCUAAUGUGGAUGAGAUCAGUAUCCUCGCCUUGUAUAAUAUCCGGCAGAUGUUACGUGCUGCUGAUACCUUCCUCCGCGUCAAUCACCUCGACGAACUCCGAUCAGAUAAAUACGAAUCACAGUAUAGUUAGAGAUCGACUCGCAUUUGGUAAUAUCACUGUAACUUUAUUGGACACAUAGCAAUAUUGUUGUAACUAAAGUUAAAACAAUAUCGUACACUAUCGUUUAAAGAAUCGACUCUGAAGUAUCGAAUAUGUGUAUUUUAACGAACUGUCAUGCCAUGCAGUGCGUUUGAUUUAAUAAUGUACGCAUAAAUAUAACUCACCGAGUCAAAGAUGCAUUAGUAUACAGAAUUUAGACACCACUGAAAUAAUUGUUUUGCGCUUUAUUUAGUAAUUGAAUAUUGUACGAGAUUUAGUGUUUGAUACAUCUGUCCGCUCCCCUUUUCUAUCGUAGGUAUUAGGAAAAUAUACAGGAAAACCACAUGUUAGAAAUAAAGAUAAGAUCGUAUUCGGGCCAGAGACGAUGUUGUAAUUUGACAAUAAAGGCACCUGGGGUGACAUGUAAUUUGACAAUAACAGGGCUCGGGAAGGCGAUGUAAUUUGACAAUAACAGGGCUCUGGAAGGCGAUGUAAUUUGACAAAAACAGGGCCAGGAAUGGCGAUGUAAUUUGACAAAAACAGGGCCAGGAAUGGCGAUGUAAUUUGAUAAUAAUUGGGCCAGGAAAGGCGAUGUAAUUUGACAAUAACAUGGCCAGGAACAGCUUUGUAAUUUGACAAUAACAGAGCCAGGAACAGCGAUGUAAUUUGACAAUUAUUGGGCAAGGAACGGCGUAAUAUUUUGUCAAUAAAAAUAGUGUUUUCAUAUUUAGGAAUCAACAGUAGUUCAUAUUGGAUUCGUCUUAGAUCGUUUAACAUUUUUAUUUUUGUUUUGUUUUCACUUUGUAUUGUUCUCCACUUUUUUUACAUUGAUAUAUAUGUAUUGCAUACAUACAAUUGAAAUAAGAGUAGAGGAGUACGUUUGACAAUAGUAUUGUUUUGAUUUUUAUUGCAAAACGAUAUUGUCGUCAAUGAGAACAAACAAGAUAUAUAUGAAUAUACAUAUAAUGAAUUCUUUAAACAGGCAAAAUCGCAAUUUUAAAUAAAGAUCACCAAUAGACUAAAUUACGUUUUCAAUAAAUGCAAACAUAAUGAAAUGACGUACAGUGUAUUUAUUUAUUAGGUUUUAGAUGACGACCGGGAAAUGUCUUCUGUGUAGAUAAAAGAACUUCCAGCCAAUUUCUUAACACAGAUUUCAUUAAAGCCCGAUGACUGUUAUAAACAUUUGGCUGACGUAAACCGACUCUAAUCACCUUUUGUUCGGGUAUUUCAACUGUUUAUUGAGCUUGUUAAAAGAACAAGUUUAAAUGUAUAUUGAUUAUCUGCAAUUGUUAUUUGUAAUUUGGAGUCUAUAUAAUAAUAAGGUAUUCAUCAUAAAACGUUGUAGCAUACCCAUCUUACUAUUGUAUGUACUUAGCAUCAUGUAACAAUAUAUUUAUAUUGCCUUCAUAGUUGUUUUCUUUUUAUCUUCAAAUGUUUAAAUUGCCGUUUGAAAAUGCCCGGACGGGACAGCUUUUUUUCUAACAACCGUUAGGUAGAUAUGGCGAAUAAAGAAAUAAUUUUCAAUUAAAGGCAUUUAUAUCAAUCGAACUUAAAAAAAAACCUAAAAAAUAGGAAAGGACAUGAUCAAAGAACAUUAUUACAAGAAGACCAAUCUACGAAUAUCAUUUGAACUUUUGAAUAUUUUAUCACAUCAGACAUUUUUAAAAUAAAUAUUCAGAACCAUUUUUUUUCCAUUCUUGUCUCAUAUGUUCAAAUGUACUAUUCUCUUUCUAAUAAAAAAACCCAUUUCAAAAAUAUA